UCCAGGAAGAAUUUUUUUAGGGCAUCGGGAUAAAGAGGUGAGGAUUCUCCCCGCGACGCCUGUGGCCCCGCACGACCCGCCGAGAUGGCUCACGACAGAGACAAAAGUACCGACCAAAUGAAGGUGUGGAAGGAGAACAGAGGCUCCCAGAGGCCAGAAACGCUGACCACAGGGGCCGGUCAUCCUAUUGGAGACAAGCUGAACCUGCAGACUGCAGGACCGAGGGGGCCUUUGCUGGUCCAAGAUGUGGUCUUCACAGAUGAGAUGGCCCACUUUGACAGGGAACGAAUCCCAGAGAGAGUGGUGCAUGCCAAAGGUGCAGGAGCGUUUGGCUACUUUGAGGUGACUCAUGACAUCCGACACCUCUGCAAGGCCAAGGUGUUUGAGCAUGUCGGCAAGACUACCCCUAUUGUUGUCCGCUUCUCCACUGUGGCGGGGGAGUCAGGAUCAGCCGACACGGUGCGAGACCCCCGAGGCUUUGCUGUCAAGUUUUACACUGAGGAGGGAAACUGGGACCUGACAGGCAACAACACUCCCAUUUUCUUUAUCAGGGAUGCCCUUCUGUUCCCAUCGUUCAUCCACUCCCAGAAGCGCAAUCCCCAAACCCAUAUGAAAGACCCCGACAUGGUGUGGGACUUCUGGAGCCUGAGGCCUGAGAGUCUGCAUCAGGUGUCUUUCCUGUUCAGUGAUCGAGGUUUGCCUGAUGGCUACCGUCACAUGAACGGCUACGGCUCUCACACCUUUAAACUGGUCAAUGCCGAUGGAGUGCGUGUCUACUGCAAGUUCCACUACAAGACUGAUCAAGGAAUAAAGAAUCUGUCAGUGGAGGAGGCAGACCGCCUAGCCUCCACCAACCCAGAUUAUGCUAUUGGAGACCUGUUUAAUGCCAUUGCCAAUGGCAACUACCCAUCUUGGACCUUUUACAUCCAGGUCAUGACCUUUGAGCAGGCCGAGAAGUUCGAGUUCAACCCCUUUGAUCUUACCAAGGUUUGGUCACACAAAGAAUACCCUUUGAUCCCCGUGGGCAAAAUGGUUCUCAACAGGAAUCCAGUCAACUACUUUGCAGAGGUGGAGCAGCUGGCCUUUGACCCCAGCAACAUGCCACCAGGCAUUGAGCCUAGCCCCGACAAGAUGCUGCAGGGUCGUCUCUUCUCCUACCCAGACACGCAUCGACACCGGCUGGGAGCCAACUACCUGCAGAUCCCCGUCAACUGCCCCUUCAGGGCCAAUGUGGCCAACUACCAGCGCGAUGGUCCGAUGUGUAUUUAUGACAACCAAGGUGGAGCUCCAAACUACUAUCCCAACAGCUUCAGCGCUCCAGAGACCCAGCCUCAGUUUAUGGAGUCCAAGUUCACAGUGUCUCCAGAUGUGGGCCGUUAUAAAAGUGAAGAUGAAGAUAAUAUCACACAGGUUCGUACCUUCUACACCCACGUGCUAAACGAGGAGGAGCGCCAGAGACUUUGCCAGAACUUGGCGGGGGCCCUGAGAGGAGCCCAACUCUUCAUCCAGAAACGCAUGGUCGAGAACUUGAAGGCUGUCCAUCCAGACUACGCGAACAGGGUUCAGACCCUUCUCAACAAGUACAAUGCGGAGGCCCAGAAGAACUCAACUGUGCAUGUUUACAGCCGUCAAGGAGCCUCAGCCAUCGCUGCAUCCUCCAAGAUGUAAUGCCUUAAAUUUCUACCAGGGGCAGCCCCCCCCAAACGCUUCUCUGAGAACAAAUGCACUUGAACAAAUGUGAUUACCAACUACUACUACCGGUAACAAGAUUAGACAUUACCUGGCAAGACUGAAAUACUAACCAUGUAUUGUCAGGGUUGAGGUUAGUUCAUUUUUAAUUUGAAAUUCCAAACAAUUGAUUUUCUUCAAAAUCCUCCAAGAGAAGAUUCAAGAGGCUCGUGAUCUGUGAUAAAACCUGAUGUCUUGACUGAACAGCAUUUUUGAAAAAAAGGGCCAUUUGCCACCUUAAAAGUAUGGCAUUACAUGAAUUAAUCCCAACCACUGUGUAGUAGUAUAAUGAGCGAUCAUUUUUUUUCCUAUAAUAUGCUCAGGUUGUGUGUAUAGCACUAUGUUGUUUUGAUCCGACUCUUUUCUUUAGCUAAAGUUUAAAGGAGACAACCAGCUGUUCAAACUCUAUCCUGUCAACACUCAAAUAACAUUUGUUUAAAAACAAAAAAAAAAA